AUGGAAGCAGUACCAAGGUUACCUAUGUUAUCGUUCCAAUUAAAAGUCAGCCCAGAACCUACGAUUUUUGGAUCAAAAUUAAAACAAUAUAUUCGUGACUUUUAUAAUGAAGACCCAGAGUCAUACACAACUGAAAUUCAUCAACUGGAAAAUCUCCGAGCUAUGGCAGUACGCCCACCGAUAGCAGUAACAGGCUGUUCAUUACUUAAAAAAUAUUAUUGUCAAUUGCAUUUUGUUCAAAGUAGAUUUCCUAUGGGCAUUGAUGAACCUGCAGCAGUUCCUUUUUCAUGGCGAGAUACGUAUGCAAAUAUGGUAUUUAGUUUAUCAAAUAUACGUUUCGAAAUAAUAUCAAUUUUAUAUAAUAUCGGUGCGAUACACACACAAUUAGGAGCUAAAACAGAACGUACAUCAGCAGAUGGUAUGAAAAUGGCGUGCUCCCAUUUUCAAUGCGCAGCUUGGGCAUUUGAACACUUACAGAAUAGUUAUCCGCAGCCACCAGGAGUUGAUAUGGCGCCAGAAUUAAUGAAAUUCAUGCAUCAGCUUUGUCUUGCUCAGGCUCAAGAAUGUAUUCUCGAAAAAAGUAUGUUAGACAAUCGCAAACCAACGAUUGUAGCUAAAGUAGCUAAGCAAAUCGUUGAUUAUUAUGCACUAGCUUUAUGGACAUUAGAGCCUAGUAACAGUGAAGAGAGUACAAUCGCUGAUACAGUUGGAUCAAAAACGUAUAAAAGUUGGAAGAAUUAUGUCAAAUUUAAACGUUCUUAUCAUACGGCGGUUACUCUGUUGUAUCAAGGACUAGCCUCGGAAGAGCAGCAAAAAAUGGGGGAGCGUGUUGCAUUUUAUAAUGCUGCGUUAGCAUCUUUAAAUAGUGCACGAUUACUUCAUGCUACUGCUAAAAGUUCCACUGGUAUUACUGGAAUAACAGGUGAAAAAGAAGCUAUCGAGGAAGCUCUUGUGUUUACUAAUGACGUAAUUGAAGGUAAAAGAAAGGCCGCAAAAAAUGAAAAUGAAUUUAUUUAUCACGAAGAAGUACCUGAAAAAGAUGCUUUACCUACAGUAAAUGGCGCGUCAUUAGUCAAAGGUAUUUCUUUUAAUGUAAAUGAUCCAGAAGUAUCUGGACCAGAUAUUUUUGCAAGAUUAGUACCUAUGAAAGUUCAUGAAGCAAGUUCACUUUAUUCUGAAGAAAAAGCUAAAAUUCUUCGAUCAGUAGGUUCAAAAAUUGAAGAAAAAGACCGAGAUCUUGAAAUGUUUCUUGCGUCAUUAAAAUUACAACAUCUGAGUCUUUGGGAUCCUGAUCGUCCAUUAGAAGCUGAUACUUUGCCAUUUCCAGAAGGAUUAGCAGAAAGAUGUGCUGCAUUAAAUGCUAAACCUACUGCUAUUAAAGAACUUGAAGAUAUUACUGCAAAAUUGUCAGGAACAUAUGGAGAUGUUGAGACAAUGCUAGAAAAUAUUAACAAAAUACUUACAGAAGAAGAUCAAAAAGAAAAAAUGUACCAAGAAGCAAUGGGCAAAAGACCUCCAUCAAUCGUGGCUACAGAUUUAACAAGAGAAGCAAAAAAAUAUGAAGAAGCACAUGCGAAAGCGUCGGAGAGUAAUCAAGCUCUUCACCGAGCUAUGUCACUUCAUUUAAAUAAUCUUCAAAAGCUAUCUCAGCCAUUAGAUCAACUCAUGGCGAGCAUACCUACAAUUGAUCGGAGUAGUAAAGUUGGAAAUGAAACAGAAAAACAAAAUGUUCGAGAAUUAAAAAGAAUACUUGGGAAAGUAGAAGAAAUGCAAAAACAGAGAAGUGAACUUUAUUUAAAAUUAAAAGAAUCAAUAUCCCAAGAUAAUCUCACUCGAAUUUUAGUAACUGCAACAGCUGAAUCAGCCCCUCUAGAUACUCUUUUUGCAGAGCAUCUCAAGAAACAUCAGUCAUUAGUUGAUUUAAUCGAUCAGAAUCUCCUGGCACAAGAUAAUAUAUUGACAGCUUUGACGGAUGCUUAUGCACGUACAAUUGAAACUCGUAAAUCUGUAGAAGAAAUUAUAAGAAAACGAGAAUCGAUGAUAGCAUCUCUUAUUAAUUCCUAUGAGGCUUACGAAGACUUAUUGGCUAAAGCAUCAAAAGGUCUAGAAUUUUAUCGUAAAUUAGAGAUGAAUGUUACAAAACUUUUGCAAAGAGUUAAAAGCACAUGCAGAGUUCAAGAAGAAGAACGCGAACAAAUUCUCGCAAAAAAUGGUAAAACAAAUUCAAUUGAAUCUACAUUACCAAUAACGCCUGAAAAGAAAAAAGGCUCAGGCAUGAAGUUGAGAGACCACUUAGCGAAUAGACUAAAGAAUAAUCCAUCUUAUCAAAAUCCUUAUGGAGAUAAACAAACUAUUCCUGUUGCUCCAGUACAGCCGAAUCCUCAUACUACCGGUAAAUCUUACUCCAAUGAACAUCACAUCGGUCCUGAUGGCAUUCCUAUUCAUGCAGUUCCUCCUAUGACGUCUGAUUCAACACUUCAAGAUCCUCAACAAAUGUAUCAGUACUAUGGUGGAUAUAACAAUUAUUAUAUGAACCAAGGAAGUAAUUACAUUCCUCAACAUUACAAUUAUAAUUCUACGAGUCAAAGUACAUCAGUUCAAGGUUUUGCUAAAUCCAACACUACUAACAGCGACCAUAUGUAUCAUCAAGCUAGCGGUUCUUCUAAUACAGAAGUCGCAAGUAACAGUAAUCAAUAUGCGGGAUACAGCAACCAGAGAAACGAAUCAGUGUCAUUACUGCCGAAUCAAGCUCAAUAUCCUGGUCAAUUAUAUGAAGAUACAAAUCAAUACUCUCAAUACACAGAUUACCGUACAAACCAAGGAUAUACUACAGCUAAUACUGGUUAUCAAAACAUACAGGGUCAGCAGUCGAACUACAACCAACCGUAUCAGGCUUUGCCGCCUAAUCAAACACCAUCGCCAGUUCCUGCUGGACAACUUCACCCUAUGAACGUAAUUCAAGAUACAAAUUCUCAAGUAUCUAAUAUAAAUGUUGGAUCUCAUCAAUAUGAGUAUCAAAAUGUUAAUCGUGGAGUUUACGUUAGCCCCUAUCAGCCAGUAAUACCACAAAUUCAACAACAGCAAAUUCAGCCACCAGUUUCUGAAAGUAUUACAAAUUAUUCUAUAAACCAAGAGAAUCCUUCUUUGCCGUCAUCGGUCCCACACGCUAGUCUUUCUCAACAAAUUUAUCCACAAGAGACUACAAAUUUACAGUAUCCAGCUGCCCAUAAUCUUCAGCAACCUCCUGCUCAAGCUGUUAAUAUAGGAUACAAUGUUCCAGAACAGUAUUUGACAAACAAAGCAGCAGGUAUCCAUUCUAACGAGGCUUCUUCUGUGGCACCUACAUAUUCUGGUACUCCUUCGGACAUUUCUGGAAUAAAUCAAACAGAAUCACAGUACUAUCAUCAUACAAAUAAUAAUACUUUAAUCCAAAACACAACACCUUAUAUCCUUCCAUCUCAACAGGGUUAUAUUGAAAGCGGACAACCAAGUGUACCGAGUUCCCAAGUCCCAAUAAAUCCUCCUGUCCAAACGUAUCCCAACAGUUAUGGUCAAACUUAUUCUAUUGAUGCAAAUGGACACCAAUAUCAAAUGCCACCAAAUUCCAUUGCAGCUCAAAAUAUUCCUGCAAAUUAUGCUAAUGAUCCCGAAAUAAUUUUAAGUCAUGCUAAAUCAUCUAACGUACCGGGAUUAAUGCAAAAUUAUCAGUAUUCUCUUCAGAGUCAUCCAGGUACUAUGCAAUAUUCUUCAUACUCUCAAAAUUAUACGGGUACUUGGGAUGGGCAACAAGUUCAUACUUCGUCAAGUGAUUCAUACCAAGGGCAUCCGGGAUAUUCGUUUAAUCCAACUGUCGGUGGAUAUGAGUACAGUUCUGGUUAUCAAGAUUCACGAAGUAAUCUUCAAGCUAACAUUUCCCAUGCAAAUUCUCAGAUUAAUGAUCAGUCAAAUUCACACUACACAAAUGCUAAUAACGAAUCUGCGACAAACCUCACAACAUCAUCAAACUAUUCUAAUGGAUCUUUUGAACCAGAAGUUGGUGAGCAAAAUUAUUAUACGACACCUUAUGGUGUUCAACCUUAUUCUAAUCAAGGUUCUACAACACUAAAUAACCAGUCAAACACUAGCUACGUUCAAACUUAUACUCAAUCAUCGAACAACAAAACCACAACAACAAAUUCGGAAAUUAAAAAGUCAGAUACUCCAAUAGCACCCAAGUCCAAUUUGGAUUUACUUGCAGAUUUAGAUAUUACAAUAAAUCAUGCGCCAUUGGUACCAGAAGUUCAUUCGAUGGACAAAGAAACGAAAGCUGAUACUAGCUCUCCGAUACCUAACAUUGAUAAGGCGGUUGAAACGAAAGAAGAUGUAAUGAGUUUAUCGCAAAUUGAUGACAAACUUGAAAACCUUCAAAUUGUCUGGGACACUUGGUACAAUGACGUUCAACCAAAAAAAGAUCCACUGGGUGACUCAAUUAUUCUACAAAAGUUUAUUAAAGAUACUGAAAAGUAUGAGAAAUUUGUGGAUAGUCUUACGGUAAAAACUUUGAGUGGCUCAACAAAUCUUGAUAUUAAAUGGAAAGAAGUUCAGGAUUUUGAAGAACGUGAGCUAAAAAAACAAUCGACUACCGUAGCUCAGGCUAACUCGACAGAAAAUAGAACCAGCGAAUGGAUACCGUAUGACUCGACGAGAGUAAUAUUAACAACAGGAGAUCGCUCAUCAGAUUAUAUUAAUGCUUCCCAUGUAAAAGACUUGACCCAAUGGACACCAAAGUUUAUUGUCGCUCAAGCGCCUUUGCCCCAAAAUUUUGAAGCCUUUUGGUCCAUGAUUUGGGAACAAGGCAGUGAAGUAAUUGCUUGUUUAUGUUCUGAUACUCAACUUAAUGAUAUUUACUGGCCUACAAACAAAGAAACAAGUUUAACUAUCGGCAGUUUUACAUUAUCGUUAAAAAAUUCAACAAAUCAUACAACACACGUCCAAAGAGUUAUUGGAAUAGUUCAUUCAGAACAUAAAAUUGAAAGAGUUGUUGUUCACAUGCAAUAUCCAACGUGGCCCGCUACAGGCUUACCAAGCAGUCCUAGACCUUUGUUAUCAUUUGCUACAGAUAUUAUGUCUGAACAAGCACUAAGACACUGUCCGAAGCCAAUUGUCGUUCAUUGUCUUGUUGGUGGACCUCUAAGUGGCCUCUUUCUUCUUGCAGCCGCGACUGUAUGUCAUGUACGUGCCGGUCACGGUGUCGUUGAUGUGCCUCUUGUUUUUUCGACUCUCAUCAAGUACCGCAGGUGCCUGAUUAGUAAAGAAUUUCUUUUAUUUGGCUAUCGGAUGGUCCUCUAUCACGCUCAGGAUACACUCAUGAAACGUGGAAUUUUAUCGUCAACAAAAUCAACUUUUGAUGGAUUUGAUAAUGGAAAAGGUAACAAAGGAAGACUGGUUAAAAAAAAUCAACAUGCUCAUCCUUCUGAUGAUUUCCUUCAUAAUUUAGGAGUUGGCAUGCAACAUGGACUUGGACUACAGCAAGGAAAAGAUAAUAAGACUGGUCAAUCGCCGGGUCAACUAACCGUAGAUCCUGAGGAAAAGACUGAUAGAGCUCAACCUAUAGACCCAUUGAGCCAGUUGGAUCCUCUAUGGUCAAUUCGAAGAUAA